AUGCGUACCCCGCUUCUCUCCGUGCUCAUCGCCCCUUCCCCCGCCCCCUUCCCUCCCCCUCCCCCUGCCCCACCGCCAGACCGCAGCCUGGGGUACGUCCCCCCACCAAGCACGGAUCCCGCGAAGCUGCCGAAUCUGAACACGGUGUCGCGCUACCUCACCGUGGGUCUCACGCUCGACCAAACCUCGCAGAAGCUCACCUGGGACUUCCAGAAGAGUGUUGACCACAGCAAGCUGUUCUCGCCUGACGACGAGUUCGACCAGGGCAACUGCGGUUCUUGCUGGGCCUAUGCAACAGCCAGGGCGGUGCAGGGAGCAUAUUUGAAGCUCAAAGAGACGGACGAUGAUGUGUUCCCCACCGGCGUGCGGCUGUCGGUCCAGCAGCUGGUGGACUGCACGGGCGCUGCUGCCUCGUGCCGGGGGGGGUACCCCGAGGCUGCCCUGCAGUAUGCCGUGAAGAACGGGCUGCAGGAUGAGGCAGGCUAUGCUUAUACCGGUUCCAGUGGGAGGUGCAGCGUCAAGAAGGAUGCGGACAAGUGGAACAUCGCGAUGUACGAGCAGGUGCCACUGCCGGGACCGCUGGGGCUCAUUCUCGCGCUGCAGAAGCAACCCGUCAUCGUCACCAUCCGCGCCACCGCGCAGGACUUUAUCGACUACUCCCAAGGCAUCUACCAGGGCUGGGACUGCUACAGCCAAACAGGGAAGGUCUGGGGGAACUCGCAGGGCCAAGGAUCCAGCGGAAAUGGCACAGCCACGGCGACCAACAACACGGGGCUGCUGGACCACGUGAUGCUGGCCGUGGGGUAUAACUAUGACUCCCCGGGCAGCUGGAAUAACUACUUUAUUUUGAAGAACAGCUGGGGGGCGCAGUGGGGCGAGGGCGGGUACAUGAGGAUACGGAUGGAAGGGGACGCGUUCGGCACGUGCGGCAUGCUGGUGAACCGCGGGCUGUACCCCGUUGUGAAUGUCCCCCAGAGCACGAACCCCUGCAGCACAUCGCCGUGUGGGGGGGGCACGUGUGUGGCAGACCAGAGUGGCAACGGCGAGUACACGUGUCUGUGCUUGGACCUGCUUGUUCCCGCUGUCAACCGCGACGGCACACCCACCUGCACAGUUGUCGACGUGUGCAGUGUGCUACCAACCAACCCCUGCACCGUGGGGCAGUGCGUCAACAGCGGCGACGGCGGCUACUCGUGCAUUUGCCCGCCCAACUACAAGCCCAGCGUGCUCGCCUCUGGCCAAAUUACAUGCGUUCCUGCGCCAGCAGUCCAGAGGACGUACACAGUGCAGGGGGGGGAGACGUGCGCUGCCAUCUACGGCUUCAUCGGCCUCACCCAGGAGCAGUUCCUGCAGCAGAAUGAGGGAGUGGACUGUGACAAUCUCAAGGCGGGUCAAGUGCUCAACAUCUCCAUCCCCGCCUCUGCGCAAGUGUGCCGCGUGCGCUACACUGUCACCCAGGCGGAUGCAGCAGCCAAGAGCUGCAAUCCCAUAAACAAUCUCUUUGGCAUCGACGUAACGACCAUCAACCCCAGCCUUGACUGCUCAAGCCUCACUCCCAACCAGCAGAUCUGCAUCCAAGUGGGGGACGCGGUGUCAGGAGCAGCGGACUACAAUCUCUGCACGGAGUACCAGCCAGUCAGCGAGUGGGUCACCUGCGCCAGCAUCGUGGCAUCAUACGGCCUCUCCUGGCUCGACCUCUACCGCCUCAACCCCGGCAUCAACUGCGACUCCCUCAGCACACUCACCGGCUCAGAGAUCUGCACGGCCGGCACGCCGUUGGGAGCGGUGGCGUGCGGUAAGGCGCGGUCGAGGACGGUGGCGAACCGGAAGUACACGGUGGUGGCGGGGGACAGCUGUGCGUCGCUGGUGGUGGUGCAGUUCCAGCGCCAGCCGCCGCUCAUGAGCGAGCUCAACCGCGGCUGGAUGUGCCGCUCCCAGAGCCUCUUCCAAGGCAUGCCGCUCUGCAUCCCCUCUUAA